UUCCAUAGCGCCUGAUAAUCUGAUAUGCAGACGUAAAAUUCCCACAAAUUGAGUUCGUCCGUAGCGGCUCAACGACACCUCCCCGCUCCUCCCUGGCGGCGAUCAGCCUCCGGCCACAGGAGAUGGGCACCGCCGCAAAGCCCCCUCCCUUCGUCUGCUUCAAGUGGCCUUGGGGCCCUAGCCUUAAUGGGAGCCCUAGCGCCAGCCCAAGCCCCUGCGGCGACCUCGAGCGCCCCUGGCUCUUCAAGUCUAUCUCCACCGUCGCGCAAGGCCUCGCCAUCGCCGGUGACAUCCCCUCCGCUUCCAGUGGAAGCGGAGGUCAUGGGGCGAGGUUGUGGAAGCGUCACCCGGGCACCGCGCCGAUGGAGGCGGACCGCGGGGACGCGGAGCAGCGGGCGCUGGCGGCGGCGCUGGUGAGCGCGAGGGCGACCACGGUGCUGGAGUUCUACUCGCCGCGCUGCCGCCUCUGCUCAUCGCUGCAAGGCCUCGUGCGCGAGCUCGAGGAUGGUGGCAAUGCAUCUGCGAGCUUUGUGCUCGCCGACGCCGAAGACGACCGGUGGCUCCCGGAGCUUCUGCAUUAUGAUGUCAGAUAUGUUCCUUGUUUUGUGCUCCUGGACAAGAAUGGUAGAGCCCUAGCGAAAACCGGAGUUCCAACUAGCAGGCAGCAUGUUAUCGCUGGCCUUCAUCAUCUUCUUAACAUGAAGCAACCAUCUGGGCAGUACGGAAAGAAGAGUUGAUCUUGAUGACAAUUUCUUGCGCAUGAUCUGUAAUCAUGGAUCGUACCGUUCCUAAAUACUUAUAAGUCUUUUUAGAGAUUUCACUAUGGACUACAUACGGAUGUAUGUAGACGUAGUUUAGAGUGUAAAUUCACUCAUUUUGCUUCGUAUGUAGUCUCUUAUUGGAAUCCCUAAAAAGACCUAUAUUUAGGAACAGAGGGAGUAUCAGAUAACACAUUUUGUUUGUUAACCAAGCAUAGACAAUGUUGGAAAAUAUAUUUUUAGCCAACUCAUAUAUGGUCAGAAUUCUAGAAGUUGAUGUGGUGUUA